AUGGACUGCUUCCACGACUUCUGCCUGUUCUGUGACCGCGACUCACCCGACGCUCCAUACUGCUCACAACAAUGCAAGCUCGCCGAUCUCGAGAGGGCGAACCACUCCAACCCAGCCUCACCUACUACAUCACCCACCUCACCCACUUCACCCACAUCGCGACGACCCUGGCACUCUUCCUCCUCCGCAUACAAGCUGGACUCGCUCCACCAACAGACCACUCCUACCUACGACACUUCUUCCUCCAGUCGACCCCGAUCGUCAUACUUGAGCUUCACUCAGAUGCACGACCAAGAUGAACGUCUAUUGACCCCUUCAUCCUCGAGGACUUCCUUGUCAUCGACCACAACCUCCGCAAGCCUGGGCUGCCAAGGCAUGUCCCCGCACGCAAAGCAACAAUUGCAAGAGUACUUCAGCUCUUUCGACCAGGCCAAGGCCGCAAAGCGACGAUCGAGUACGAGGUAG